UUCAUCAGCCCAUGAGAGUAGUAAGUGCUUAUAUUGCAAAACAGUAAAAAUUUUGACAGCGUUUGGUUUUAAAAUCCCAAAAUUUCUGGUUUUAGUUCGGCCUUCUUCUUGUUCUGUUCUGAGUAUCGCCCCAAAAUCAAAGGAGAACACCCUGGCUUAUCCAUUGGUGAUGUUGCAAAGAAACUGGGAGAGAUGUGGAACAACACUGCUGCAGAUGACAAGCAGCCCUAUGAAAAGAAGGCUGCCAAGCUGAAGGAGAAGUACGAAAAGGAUAUUGCUGCUUACAGAGCUAAAGGAAAACCCGAUGCAGCAAAAAAGGGGGUGGUCAAGGCGGAAAAGAGCAAGAAAAAGAAGGAAGAGGAAGAUGAUGAGGAAGACGAAGAGGAUGAAGAGGAGGAGGAAGAAGAGGAAGAUGAAGAUGAGGAAGAAGAUGAUGAUGAUGAAUAAGUUGGUUCUAGCGCAGUU